UCUUACCAAGUUCUUUGACAUUUUGCCUUUUGGUCUAAUGAAAUAUAUAAAAAUUACUCACAAUAUUUUAUAUCAAAACUGAUGUUGGAAAACAUUAAAAUAAACUAUUCUUUCGAUGAAAACGGAGAAACGUUGUCGUUUUAAUCAUCUUCUUCAACGUUUCGAAACAAAAAAAAGCUCACUUGCAAAUUCCAGAGAAAGAGAGAAAGCUCGAGACUUUCGCCGGCGCAGAACCUCGUCGGAGAGAAUCGUACCAUGUGAGUUCCAUGAAGGUGGGAGUUAGUAGAAUCUGUUUUGGCUUGUUCUGUUGAAGAAGACAUUCAAUGUUAUCCAUCCCUGAUGCUAGAAUGUGGAACCUAGCUUCCAGCUAUCUCACCGGACCGAAACACGAAACAAGAAGACCAGUACAUACUCAUGUGGAAUGUUCAGAUGAUGAUGAGUCGUCUGUAGGCAGCAAAGAUGAAGGUCUGGAGUGUCCCAUUUGCUGGGAGUCAUUCAACAUUGUCGAAAACGUUCCCUACGUGCUAUGGUGCGGCCAUACGAUGUGCAAGAACUGCAUCUUGGGACUUCAAUGGGCUAUUGUGAAGCUACCCACGCACCCGGUUCAGCUCCCUCUCUUCAUCUCAUGCCCCUGGUGCAACAAACUCUCCUUCCGUCUUGUCUUCAAAGGAGCUCUUAGAUUCCCUCACAAGAACUACUUUGUGCUUUGGAUGGUCGAGAGGAUGAAUGGCGAGAGACGCAAUUCUCCAGGGAGAGAUCAAACAGAUGGUAACAAUGAUUGUACAAGGGAGGCUCCUCCUCCGUGUCUCCACCACCGUCAUCUUCGUACUCAGUCUGUUCCGAGGGAUGACAUACAGACUUCACUGAGGAAGUCUUUGGUUUUCUUUGUUCAGUUGACAGCAAAGUUCCCAUUGGUUGUCAUGUUCCUGCUGAUUAUACUCUACGCAAUACCGACCUGUGCAGCUAUUUUGGUGAUGUACAUUCUAGUCACUCUCUUGCUGGCUCUUCCGUCGUUUCUCAUCCUCUACUUCGCUUAUCCUUGUCUUGACUGGCUCGUCAGGGAGAUUGUCACAUAAACAUUUCUUUCAACAAGUUACUCCUAAGACUGGUCCAUCAUCCAUGUACGUAUAAUGAUUAAGGAAUCAUCCUCUUUCUUUAUCUAUGUAGGAAGGUAUAAUAGUAUUGUGAUAUUUGAGGAUCCUGCCCUGUGAUUGAUUUGCUUGAGAAUAAGAUUUGUGUUGAAAAAAAAAACUUUUUUUUGUUUACUGUAAUACUAAUCUUGAUUAGGUAAACCAUAGAAGUAUAUUUCUA